AAUACAGAAACGGGUUUGGGGUGGCACAUAUUGUGAUGACAGACUGCCCUCUAGAGGUCCAGUACUACUUGUAUCAAAGAGUUGUAGAAGUUCUUUGCUUGUAUGCACCUUCCGGUUGAUGACUUUGCUUUGUUGAUUUUGUUACCAUGGUUUCUAACAACUUAAAUGAUAAAUGGCCACCAAACUAGCCGGCUACCUAUGCAUUUAGAAAGGUACACAGUCGUCGCAAGCUAGCUUACUACUUUAUUGAUUGGUAAAAUACUUCUGCUUUUACGAAUGACUCAACAUUACAAGGAAAAAUUAAUGCUCAGAAAAAGUUUCACAUUGGAACCGCCGGAAAUUACAAAACCACCUACAUUUCCUUGGUACAAGGAGAGGCUGCUGACCAAGUGUCUGAUAGAUGCAAAGAACAAACGUCAUCUCUCUGGUGCUUUAGAUAGCCGCCGUUGGCGUUUUCUGGACGCAGAUCUUAAUGACUUCAGAGAUGGCUAUCCAACUCACACGAGCAAACACAUCCUCACCCAGGGCAAGAGAGCCACCCGUCCAAAAUCAAAUCCCACUUUUCCCUUAGCUGAAGAACACAUGAAGCGUUUCUCCAAAGAGCAGGGUUGUUUCUCUAAGCAGACAGUACGCCAGCAGGCCCGCACACAACACGUAACAGCAGUGGAACAGAAACUUAUACAGCAUCCUCUGGCUCUGUACCCACACUUAGAGCAAGGCAUGCCGCCUGAGUUGUUUGAUCAGGUGAUAUCUGUCUUGGACCCAGAUAUGUGUGUAAAUAGACCCUCGACCGUGACACUACCUGAAAAUGGGCAUUUGAAGGAGGAGGUGGACGACAGAACAGAGUUGUGUGAAACCCAAAUGCAGGAGCCAGGAAAGGAAGUCAAGGAAGGGCCACUUGUCAAUGAAACGCAAGUAGAACUUCUGACAAGUUGGUUGAGGAUUCAUAACAUAACCACAGUCCUUGAUUGUUUAAUAUUUUACCAUAGGUCUGGAAGUUCUGGUCCAAAGAACCCUUACAGAGUUCUACUAGCAGGGGAGUCUGUUGCUAAGGAAGACCAAAGUGUCAGUGUUAAACGACUGCCCUCCCCUUCCCAAGACAAAGAUAUCAAGACAGUCACCAAGCUGUUCUGUGACUGGGUGGUCUCGCUGGGUGGGGAAAGCGACAACUUGACCGAGUCCACUCUCCAGGGUCUUUUUGUCAGCAGUUUGUCAGUAGACAAGAAGCCAUCCCCGACCUUUCCCAUUAAUGUGGUUGAGCCCAAAAAUUACCCUGAGGAGCUACGCGACUCUGAGGAGCUACGUAACGACCAUGCCUACGAUGCCCGUCUAAAGGACUCGGUACCCCAACACAAGAGACCACUUGGAACUAAAAGGCCCAUAUAUGGAGCCUGGUAUCUCAAUCCAAAAACAUGGAGGAAAAGAGAUGUCAAUAAACCAGAGGACUUAUCGGAUUAUGAGUUUUCGGAGAUGCAAAGUGAAAUAGAUGAGGCGCUGAAACAGAUGCAUGGGACUCAAGCCUUCAGGCAGUUUAUUAUCACCAAAGGCCUUCGAGUACCACGGUUUCUGAGUGCACUCUUCGCUGAAGAGGAAGGAGUAAAUGCGGUCGGUUCUGCUUCAACGAGGAAAAGUGCUUCAACAAGGAAGGGAAAUGUAGGGCUUUAGAAAGUUUUGCCUGUAAUCAGAUAUGUGUAGUCCAAAAUAUAGUUAAAGAGUGAUUUGCCUGCAAUAAACCAGUCAAUCGCAAGCAGUCUAUGGUUUUAAUUUCAUUUCAUUUGUGUUUAUUUUUUUUAAUCAUGGCACCUGUAUGUACAUGUACAGACCGCUUAUC